CAAAGCAAAGCAGUUACGCGCAGGCUUUAAUCGACCAGCUGUUUUGUAGUUUUGUUCCUGUCUGUCUGUAGGUCUGUCAUAAUAAUUUUAGAAAACAUUACGAUCAUUUAUUAAUUUGUGAAGUUUCGAAAUAUAAUUAAUAAAAUAUUAAAUCCGCAGCGUUUAAAAUUUAGUACACACAAAUAUCUAUUGUUCUUCCUUGAAUAUUCUCAAAUUUAUUUUACAAAUUAGUCUGGAGUUGACAGCUUAUCGUUUUCAAGGAGUUUUGUUGGAAUGGCGUCUCGAUAAGUAAAGUUGAAUAAAAUAGUGUGUACGUUGUGUAGUGAGAAUAAAUCUGACUUAAAAACGGGACAUUAGUGCUUUGUGAACAGACAUGGCAAACAAAGCAACUAGUAGUGCUCUAAGGGCUUUAAAUGUUGAGUACAAAAGUUUGUUAGAAGAACCAGUUGAAGGCUUUUGUGUAAAACUUGUUAAUGAAGAUAAUCUUUUCGAAUGGGAAGUUGCUAUUUUUGGUCCCCCUGACACCCUGUACAUGGGUGGUUGUUUCAAGGCUAGAAUGAAAUUCCCCACAGACUAUCCAUAUUCACCACCGUCAAUUAGAUUUUUAACGAAAGUUUGGCAUCCAAAUGUUUAUGAAAAUGGUGAUUUAUGCAUCAGUAUUCUCCAUCCCCCAAUAGACGACCCACAAUCGGGCGAACUACCCUGCGAGCGUUGGAAUCCUACACAGAACGUGCGUACGAUUUUAUUAUCAGUAAUUUCUCUCCUAAACGAACCGAAUACCUUCAGUCCUGCCAACGUUGAUGCGUCCGUAAUGUAUCGCCGUUGGCGCGAUUCAAAAGGAAAGGAUAAAGAAUAUGAAAAUAUUAUUAGAAAACAAGCUAUGGCUGCCCGAGCUGAAGCAGAAAGAGAUGGUUUAAAAGUCCCGUUAACUCUGGAAGAUUAUUGCAUCAAAACGCAAGUGAAACCUAAUAGUUCCGAGCCCCAAAUAGAAAUGACUGACUUUUACGACGAUGACUACGAUGAAGAGUACGACGAUCCUUCAGAUGGUUCUGAAUAUGCAGAAGAAGAUGACAACGACAGCGGAAACGGAGAAUUGUGAUGUCGCUAAAAAUAAAUCUAUUUUUUUCGAAUAUUUAAUUUAGAAUAAUUUUGCAUACUGAAUUAUUUAACUCUUCAAAUGAGUCUUUUAAAGUGCUUCAAGUUUUAGUUCAGUAGAACGUGUAUAGUCCUAUUUUUAUCGUUUCUAUAAGAAAUAUUGAAGACUAAUCUGUACAAUGUACAUUUUGUCAAUUACAAUAAAAUUGUUAAUAUAAAUGAAAACUUGAAAGUUUUUCGGAAAUUGGAUUUGAAAUACUUCUUCGUUGGAAGGUAAAUAAUAUAUUUAUUAAGGAAAUUUUAUUCAGUUAAACUUUAUUUAACUCCUUAUUGAGGAAUCAGAUUAGUGUAAUAAGCAAUUGUAAAAUAAAUUAUGUACAUACUUUCA